AUGUUUUCUCCUCAUUUUCGAGCCGCAAGUGGCUUGAUAGCAGCGCUCAUAGUAACAUCCAGCACUGCUCAAGCCCCUCUAUAUCAAGAUGCCCGGCGAGAUCUCAAUGCAACCUACCCUAAUUAUCGCAUAUCGCCUAUCGACGGAUCCAUCAUCGCCCUGCCGACACAAGACCAACUCAACUUCCAAGACAAAGAAAUGGGCAUGCUCAUCCACUUCGAGAUUGCCACCUACAUCGACAUCGACGGCUGCAACGGCGUGCCGGGCCUUGUUCCGAAUCCAGACCUCUUCGAUCCCACGCUCCUCAACACGGACCAGUGGCUGGACAGCAUCACGGCCUUCGGCGCCAAGUAUGCGACGCUGGUGGCCAAGCACAAUUGCGGCUGGGCGAAUUGGCCGAGUGCGGUGACUUUCGAAACGAGGGAAAACACGACGAGUCCGUACAACUACAGCGUGGCGUACUCGCCUGUCAACGGCACCGAUGUCGUGCAGCUCUUCACCCAGUCGGCUGAGAAGUAUGGGGUCGGGCAUGGAUUCUACUACAGCACCAUAGUGAACAACUUUCUAAACGUGCAAGACUCCCUGGUCAACGCGACAUGGUCCCCAGGGGAGAUUUUGGUCACAAACGAGACAUAUGACGAGAUUGUGAUGGCACAGUUGACUGAGUUGUGGACGAAAUACGGCACCCUCACGGAGCUCUGGUUCGACGGAGGCUACAGCGAAAGCCAGACUGAGCAACUUCAGGACUUGCUUCAGGAGUAUCAGCCGCAGGCUUGUAUUUUCAAUUCAUGCACCACGAACGGGACCUGUCUCUCCAGCAAUGCCAUCCGCUGGAUCGGCACAGAGACUGGUCUAUCAGACGAAGAAAUAUGGUCUACUGGGAUUUCCAACGACGGCGGCGACCCGACAAGCCCUUAUUUCGCCCCGGCAGAGUGCGACACCACUCUUCAAGCCGACGACCGCUGGUUCUGGGGCGAGGACCAGCCCCUGCGACCACUCGACGAGAUGAUUGACGUCUACCACCAGACGGUCGGCCGCAAUUGUCUUCUGGAGCUCGAUCUUGCUCCCGACCGCAGUGGGCUCAUCCCAGCCCGCCAUGCGGCUCUGUACAAGGCUCUUGGGGACUUUAUACGGUCUUGCUAUGGAAGCCCGAUCGACAGCACGCAUUUCAGUAAUACCACUACGGCAACGGGAGUUUCUUUCACAUUCGAUUACCCCACGUCGAUUGAUCGCAUCGUCAUGAUGGAGGACCAGACAGUUGGGCAGGUUAUCCGGUCUUAUGAGGUCUGGGCCAAGAUUGUAGAUGCAGAAGAGAUGAAUGGGACCUUGAACGUACCUUGGACCUUGGUCUCGAACGGAAGCAGUAUAGGUCACAAACGGAUCGAUCUCUUCGACAAAGCAAUAACAGUCACGGAUGUGACUGUAAAUGCAACCAAGUUUGUGGACACGCCCAAAUGGCGAUCGGUCUCGUUCAAUCUGUGCGGGAACUCGACAUCGACUUGAAGUAAGCCUGCGUGGUUCGCUGGGAGAGGAAAUGCUAGGAAGAGGCACAACAAUCUGCGGUGUAUCUGCACGCCUUUACUGAGAAGGAUUCGCCUUUGAGCAAGAGCUAGUAUCUUCCCAAACCUUACCCAGACUUCUUUAUAGUGUUGUAUAUAUUAAAUUUGAACAUAAUCCAUACCGUCUCAUGCAGGUGGCGACGAGUCUGGAGUGCAUUCAACUU